ACGGGGGAUUGACUGCGCAGCCGAGCCAGCCAACGCCUGGAUCUUCAAGAACUUCGACCGAUGCAGGCCAUCCGGAGGAAGCGGGCCUACCUGCGGGAGGCCAACGAGUGGCUGCGGUGGGAGGACGAGGAGGGUGAAACCCUGGAAGGCGAGAACAUUUUCGCCAUCCAGGAUCUCCAUGACAGGGCCGCCAAAUGGUUGGCGGAUUCCGAGGACGAGGCCUACCUGCGCGGAGCUCGCUGGGAGGGAGGCGUAGGUGCAGACACCCCACGAGCGCGGUGGAUCCGCGCUCUGAGGCGCGAGACGCGCCAGUUCGAGGCCGAGGGUGAACAGGUGCUCGCCCUAUACGACGUGUGGGAUGCCUGGGCCCUGAGGAUCCUCUUCGGGGAGGAGCCCACCCAGCCCGACCUGACGGAGGAGGACUGCCCCUGGAGCAGUGGGACUGAGACCCCCCCCUGUAGCGCCAGCUACAUCAUGAACACUGCCAGAGUGAGACGACACCACAAUCUCACUCCUGGUGUUAUUAUUUCUCCCGAUGGUCCGAUGAAAUUCCUCACCGGAUUAUCCCCACUCCCAGCAAAUCACCUGCCGAAAUCCGGCAUUCCAUCGCUCUAG